AUGCGACUUUUCUGGCUUCUGCUAGGGCUCUGGGGGCCGGAGAGUUACUUGUUUCUACCUGGGGAUUGUCAGGAGGUAACCACUCUCACGGUGAAAUACCAGGUAAUGGAGGAAGUGCCAUCAGGCACAGUGAUAGGGACGCUGUCUCAGGAAUUGGGCUGGGAGGAUGGGCAGCAGCGAAGGACUGGACCUGCCUUUCAGGUCUUGCAGCUGCCUCAGGCGCUUCCCAUUGAGGUGGACUCAGGGGACGGUUCACUCAGCACCGGAAGGCAACUGGAUCGGGAGCAACUCUGUAGGCAGCGGGACCCCUGCCUGGUUUCCUUUGAUGUGCUUGCCACUGGGGAUUUAGCUCUGAUCCACGUGGAGAUCCAAGUGCUGGACAUCAAUGACCACCAGCCCCAGUUUCCCAAAGGCCAGCAGGAGCUGGAGAUCUCUGAGAGUGCCGCCCUACACACGCGGAUCCCCCUGGACAGAGCCCUUGACCCUGACACAGGCCCGAACACCCUGCACUCCUACACCCUGUCUCCCAGUGAGCACUUCGCCCUGGAUGUCAUUGUGGGGCCGGACAAUACCAAGCACGCGGAGCUCGUGGUGGUGAAGGAGCUGGACAGGGAGGUGCACUCAUUUUUUGAUCUGACACUGACUGCCUAUGACAGUGGGGACCCACCCAAGUCAGGCACUAGCUUGGUCAAAGUCAACGUCCUGGACUCUAAUGACAACAGCCCGGUGUUUGCAGAGAGCUCCCUGGCGCUUGAGAUCCGAGAAGAUGCUGCCCCUGGCACUCUCCUGGUAAACCUGACUGCCACAGACCCUGACCAAGGGCCCAACGGGGAGGUGGAAUUCUUCUUCAGCAAGCACGUACCUGCAGAGGUGCUAGACACCUUCAGUGUCGACGCCAAGACAGGUCAGGUGAUUCUGCGUCAACCCCUAGACUAUGAGAGGAACCCUGCCUAUGAGGUUGAUGUCCAGGCUAGGGACCUGGGUCCCAAUCCCAUUCCAGCCCAUUGUAAGGUUCUCAUCAAGGUUCUGGAUGUCAACGACAAUGCCCCAAGCAUCCACAUCACGUGGGCCUCCCAGCCACCCCUGGUGGCAGAAGAUCUUCCCAAGGAUAGUUUCAUUGCACUUGUUAUGGCAGAGGACUUGGACUCAGGAAACAAUGGUCUGGUCCACUGUUGGCUGAACCAAGAGCUGGGGCACUUCCAGCUGAAAAGGACUAAUGGCAACACGUACAUGCUGCUGACCAAUGCUACGCUAGACCGAGAGCAGUGGCCCCAAUACAACCUCACAGUGUUAGCCCAAGACCAAGGUCCCCAGCCCUUGUCAGCCAGGAGACAGUUCAGCAUCGAGAUCAGUGAUGCCAAUGACAACCCUCCUGUGUUUGAGAAGAGCAGGUACGAAGUCUCCACUCGAGAAAACAACCUUCCCUCUCUUCACCUCAUCACCGUCAAGGCUUACGACCAGGACUUGGGCAUGAAUGGGAAAAUCACAUACUGCAUCCAAGACUCUCCAGUUUCUCACUUGGUGGCUAUCGAUCCAGACACGGGAGUGGUCACUGCACAGAAGUCGCUGGACUAUGAGGAGAUGGCUGACUUUGAGGUCCAGGUGAUUGCGGAGGACAGGGGGCAACCGCGGCUUGCAGCCAGUGUCUCCGUAUGGGUCAGCCUGCUGGAUGCCAAUGAUAACACCCCACAGGUAAUCUGGCCAGUGCUCAGUGCUGGGCGAGCCAGCCUCUCCGUACUGGUGAAUGCCUCCACAGGUCACCUGCUGGUGCCUGUCGAGACUUCUGGAGGCUUGGGUACUUCCGUAGGUACCCAAAUGCCGUUCCUGGCCACUCGUGGCUCCAAGCCAUUCCUUUUGACAACCAUUGUGGCAAAAGAUGCAGACUCGGGGGCCAAUGGAGAGCUCCUCUAUGGCAUUCGGAGGGGCAAUGAAGCUGGGCUCUUCAUGCUCAGCCCCCGCCUGGGCCAGCUGUUCAUCAAUGUCACCAACGCCAGCAGCCUCAUCGGCAGCGAGUGGGAGCUGGAGAUUGUGGUGGAGGACCGGGGCAGCCCUGCCUUGCACACGAGAGCCGUGCUGCAGGUCCUCUUCUUGAGCAGUGUGGACCACCUGAGGGACUCGGCCCACGAGCUGGGGGCCCUGAGUGUCUCAGUGCUCACAGUCAUCUGUUUGGCUGUCCUGCUUGCUGCUUUUGGGUCAGGCUUGGCUCUGUUCAUGUCCGUCUGCCGGACAGAAAAGAAAGACAGCAGGGCUUACAAUUGCCGCGAGGCUGAAUCCACCUACCGCCAGCAGCCCAAGAGGCCCCAGAAACACAUACAGAAAACGGACAUCCACCUAGUACCUGUGCUCAAGGGCCACGCCGAGGAACCUGAUGAGGUUGGGCCAUCCCACAGGGACGUAGGCAAAGAAGCUAUGGUGGAAGCAGGCUGGGACCCUUGCCUGCAGACCCCCUGUCAUCUCACCCCGACCCUGUACCGGACUCUGCGGAACCAAGGCAACCAGGGAGUGCUGGCUGAGAGCCCAGAGGUGCUACAGGAUACUGUUAACCUCCUGUUCAACCAUCCCCGGCAGAGGAAUGCCUCCCGGGAGAACCUGUGCCUUCCUGAGCCCCAGCCUACCCCAGGCCAGUCACGUUCCAGGGCCUUCAAGGUCACAGGUAGCCCCACAGGAAGGCUGGCCAGAGACCAGGGCAGCCAGGAGGCCCCUGUGAGCCUGCCCGCUUCCUCUGCAACCUUGAGGCGGCAGCGGAACCUCAAUGGCAAAGUGACACCUGAGAAAGAAUCAGGACCACAUCAGAUCCUGCGGAGCCUGGUCAGGCUGUCGGUGGCUGCCUUCGCAGAGCGUAACCCAGUGGAGGAGCUCACUGUGGACUCUCCUCCUGUUCAGCAAAUCUCCCAGCUGCUGUCCUUGCUGCAUCAGGGCCAAUUCCAGCCCAAACCAAAUCAUCGGGGAAAUAAGUACUUGGCCAAACCCGGCGGUGGCGGCAGCAACGGCUUCGGCAGAAGUGCAAUCCCAGAUUCAGAUGGCCUCAGUACCAGGGGUGACGGCCCAGCAGAACCAGACCUGGAGGAAGGGCACAUAGACCCUGAAGAGGACCUGUCUGUGAAGCGGCUCCUGGAAGAAGAACUGUCGAGCCUGCUGGAUCCACACACUGGACUGGCCUUGGAUCGACUGAGUGUCCCAGAUCCUGCCUGGAUGGCUAGACUGUCUUUGCCUCUUACCACCAACUACCGUGACAACGUGAUCUCGCCCGAUGCGGCCGCCUCGGAGGAGCCGAGAACCUUCCAGACGUUCGGCAAGGAGGCGGGGCCAGAGCUGAGCCCAGCAGGCACGCGACUAGCCAGCACCUUUGUGUCGGAAAUGAGCUCACUGUUGGAGAUGCUGCUGGAACAGCGGUCCAGUGUGCCUGUGGAGGCCGCCUCCGAGGCACUGCGGCGGCUCUCGGUCUGCGGGAGGACCCUCAGUCUGGACCUGGCCACUGGCAGAACCUCAGGCCCAGAAGGGCGGGGCGGCCCAGGUGGAAAGAAGGACCAGAGUGGCAGCAGCAACAGCAGCAGGUGUCUGUGA